CGCUGAAAUUGUUGGCCAAACAGUAGAGCAUAUGGUGGCAAAAUUUCGAAGCGUUUGUCUUCUAUAAACACAUCACUGAUUUAUAUAUUUAAAUAUUAUAAAUAUAUUUAUUUGAAAUGAUUUAGAACCGUUAAUCGUUUACUACGUUGUAAUUCACGUUCGGUUGAUCGUACUUGCAGUAUUCAUAAUUUUCUGGAGAAAGAAUUAAGGAGCCAACAUGAGAUUCAAAAUGCAUCUGUUAACUGGAUCUUUCAUCAGGACCCUUAAUUUGUAUAACUUAAAGUAUUAUUCACGAACAACCAUGUUAAAUAACAAAGCUGAUCAAGAUUUAGAGAAUUGGAAAGAACUGCUUCAUAAUACAAUGCAAAUUAUUCCAAAUUUCAUCUCGACGAGCGAAGAAGAGUCUUUGAUCGAAGAAGUUGAUCCCUAUAUGAAAAGACUUCGAUACGAGGAAGCACACUGGGAUGAUGCAAUACAUGCUUACAGAGAAACAGAAAGGAAGGAUUGGAAUAAGAAGAAUGAAGAAAUAUUAAACAGGGUUCGUGCGACAGCUUUUCCCAAAGAAAUGCUUCAGCUUCCUUUGAUACAUGUUUUGGAUUUAGCAAGCGAAGGAUGGAUAAAGCCACACGUCGACAGUAUUAGGUUCUGUGGAGAAAUUAUUGCCGGCUUGAGUUUGUUAUCCGAUUGUGUAAUGAGAUUAACUAUGGUUGGACACGAAACAACGCACAAGGAUGAAUUUCUGUUACCCCAGAGAUCUCUGUAUAUAAUGAGCGGAGUAGCCAGAUACAACUACAACCAUGAAAUUUUAAAAAAUGAAGAAUCUUAUUUCGAAGGACAGCAUGUACCCAGAUCUAGACGUAUUUCAGUAAUAUGCAGAUGUCAUCCAAACAACAACGAAUAAUGCUCUAUUUAAUGUAUAUAAUUUGCCAUGUACAUAAUAUAAUGUAUAUAAUAAAUGCAAUAUGACUAGGAUUAUCCAAUUA